AGUAGAUCAGGUUCUUUCAAUGCCCCGUAACAGAUUAAGGUCUCACCACACCGCAGAAGACCCCACCAAGCAUGCUUUUAUUUAUCCAGUAUUACAGGCGCCUUUAGUGGCCGCGCAAAACGGAAAGACGGCUUAUCAUCCUUUCACACUAGGGGACAUACAUGCGCUGAUCGAUAAAAUGCCGUUGCCUACUGAGGGAGGGAGACAUUGGAUGCGAAGGUUUGCGGACAUGGCUGUAGGACAGACUAUCUGUCUGGGAGAUUUCAGGAGAAUACUAGCACAACAGACUUCCUAUUAUGAGGUAGAAAGAGUUGAGGAUAGAUCAGGAACAUCGACAAUGAAAGAUGACGUGCCUAUUUCCUUUGACGAUGUUCACAGCAAGCUGGGCAAAGCAAUGAGAGAGCAUUUCCCACAGACAGGGGGAGGUUACGGAUCACUGUCAUUUACAUUUACACCUGGAGAGGCUGCAGCAACCAUGUUGCUCAGGGCACGCCAACAAUACACAAUGGCAACUGACUACAGUCCAGAUAAUAAUGACCAACAUAUACAGAUGUUCCGUAAAGCAGUGCUUGCAGCAGUGCCGAAAGAAAUUAAAAGUCUGAUGGAGGACAAUCGAGAGGUAGAUCAGUUAAACACACAGACGUGGGAACGUCAUUUAGCCCAUCAUUUGAGUAAAUUCAACAAACAACAUACAGAGGUUAAAACUGAGGAAGAGGAGUUGAAGGUGCAGUUACUGCGAACGCAGCUGGAAAUAGCCCGGAAAACAGUUCAGAAUGACAAAAAGAAUGCCAAACAGUUGAUUGUUCACCCAGUAGCGCCGGCCGCGCAGCCACAGGGGCAGCAAAACCCAAAAGGGGGCCUUUCCAACCAGGGUCCGCCCUAUAGUCAGCCCCAAUUUGGCUACAAUAAUAGCUCUUGGCGACAGAGGGGCGGGUUCAGAGGAGGGGUCAGAGGUCGAGGUGGCUUUGGGAUGACUCCUAGAUUGGAAUACGUGAAGGUGUGUUUCAUUUGCGGACAGCCAGAUCACUGGUUCAAGCAGUGCCCACAUGGAGCCCCACCUGGAAGGGGGCGGGCUAAAGGGGGGAACGGAUCGGAGAGACCAUAUAUCCAGACACCCCAGGAGGCUGUCCCAUUGCCGCAACAACCAAACCAGGGUCACAUUGCCCCUAAUGCUAUGGCCGCCCCCUAUGGCCAGUUUGUCCUGUAUGAGGGGGAAUACUACGAAGAAUGAAGACGCCCAGGGAACCCUGGAUGUACGGGCCUGGCGGAUCCAUACAUUAAUAUGACUGUUAAAGACUCAAACCUACCAUUCCUUGUUGAUUCAGGAGCAAGAUAUUCCACCAUCAAUUCUCCCGUCUUCAAGGCGUCCAAAACAUCUACAACAGUCUCAGUCAUAGGGUUUUCGGGAAAAAUAGAGAAAAUACCGCUUUCCACGCUGUUAUCCACCAAGAUAGCAGGACAGACAUUCUUACACCAGUAUAUUCUUGCACCAAAAAGCCCGGCUAACCUCAUGGGUAGGGAUAUUCUGAUCAAAGCGAAUGCCUCCAUCCUCUGUUCCCCGGAUGGACUGAUAAUAUCAUUCCCAAAUGGCACAACCAUCAAUUGUUCGUUAUCUACCAUAAAAUCAGGUUCUCAGAUGAUGUUGGCCCAGUCCACUGAGGCAGAAGCAACCCAACAUGCCACUAUAUUCUGGGGACUGUUGGACCGACCUCGGGACAACACACCUGGACUGUAUUCCAUUUUUCAACAAUGGAAGCCAUGGAUUAACCUCCUCAGGCCUUAUGGCCCCCCUCCAGACCCCCUCCACCUGACGCUGAAUUAUGAUAGAAGAGACGACCUAAGUUAUGAAUAUGAGUAUGAUAAUGAGGUGUCUAUGGCCGUGUGGGACGUUACCACGACAAAUCUCUUUGUGGGACAGGCGGGUGUGGCUGCGUCGGUUGAGCUCUCUGAUGAACAACUGUAUUGGUACCGUUUGUCUGCUGAGUCCACACCACACAUUACAUUAGCUAUCAGAAAGGGUUAUGAAGCUAAAGAACUUGGUCCCAUGGUAAAGACGCUGCUAGAAGUCGAAGAUUGGGAACCUACGCAGAUCGCAGCACUGACAUACUCUCCCUCACACAGAGCGUAUCGUCUUAAAAUCUACACACAAGAAUGCAUCCACAUGGAAAGACACGAAGUAGAUAGACAUCAUGGUAGGGAAAAAACUGACCAUGCAUAUACAGUUGACAUGUUGCGUGAUCUCCCGUCUGACCUGUGGGCGUCGCACUCUCAUGAUGUAGGUUUCUGCUUGAAAGCCACACCAGUAACAUUUGAGGUGAGCAGCUCUGUGCCUGUGAGCCGGUCACAAUACCCGAUCAAGCCACAGGCAAAAGGGGGUGUUGACAAGGCAGUUGAGGGACUGAAGAAAGCAGGGGUGUUAGAACCCUCACAAAGCCUUUGGAAUACCAUACUUCCUGUAUCAAAAUCUAGCGGGGAGUACAGAAUGGCUCAUGAUUUGAGAACCAUUAAUGCUAUUACGACUACAGCUCUGAUACCAGUUCCUAACCCCUACACGGCUAUCUGUAAUGUCUCACCUGAACAUACAUGGUUCACCUGUAUUGACCUAGCCAACGCUUUCUUCUGCAUACCUCUGGCAGAGAGUAUGAGACCUAUUUUUUCUUUUACAAUAGGAGGGGAGAAACUACAAUACACAAGACUACCACAAGGCUUCAGUUUGUCUCCAGGAAUAUUCAACAAAGUGCUCAGGGAACAGCUAGAGGGCGUUACAUUGCCAGUGGGGGUAGUAUUAAUACAGUAUGUAGACGACCUUCUCAUCGCAGCACCUUCUGCAGCCUCUUGUUUGGAGGCCACCAGACAUCUACUGGUGCGCCUCCACACAUCAGGGUUCAAAGUCUCCAAGAAAAAGCUACAAUGCACCCGUAAAGAGGUGACAUUUUUGGGCAGAGUGAUUUCCCCAGCAGGCACGGGCAUGUCAGCAGCGCAUCAGGAACACAUUUUGAACCACCCGAAACCCAAGACAGUCAAAGACAUGUUGUCUUUUUUGGGCCUCACAGGCUACAGCAGACACUACAUCCCAGAGUAUAACCCAAGAACAGCUGAACUCAGAAAACUCAUCAACGAGAAAGGCAUGCGCAAUCUCACUGCCACACUAGACUGGACACAAGCGGCAGAAGCUGCGUUCAUUUCUCUCAAACAAUCCAUGUCCCAAGUCACGGCUCUUGCCGCUGCAUCCUAUGCAUUACCAUUCUUUCUUGAUGUUUCUGAAAAUGAAGACACAGUAAAUGGGAUUCUUUUUCAGAAAAAGGGGGGUUGUAGGACAAUAUUGAUGUAUGUCAGUGUUACACUGGACAGAGUGGAAAACAGAGAACCUCCCUGCAUGAGACACGCGGCAGGUACAGCACGUAUCUUAAACAAGAUUUCACACAUUGUGAUGGGCCAUCCUUUGAUGACAACACACAGCAUUGUCUCUUUUGUGAACUCAAGUGCAUUCACAAUGACUUCAACGAGACAAACAAGGCUGGAGAAAACUCUGACAAAGGCACACAUCACAUACACACACGAAGGAGUUAACAGCGCAGACACCAUAGGUAGCGGAGAGCCCCAUAGGUGUGAGGAAAGAAUCAUUCAAGAUGUGAAGCUAAGAAUAGAUCUCAGAGACGAGCCCAUCCCACAGGCAGAAAACCUGUUCACAGACGGCUGUUGUUUUAGACACCCCCAAAACGGCCUCCAAGCAGCCUAUGCCGUGGUAAAACAAAAACCUGAGGGAAACUUUGAGGAAGUAUCAGCUGGGGAAGUAACAGGGAAAGUAUCAGCACAGUUGGCAGAAGUAAUGGGAGUCAUUGCAGCAUUAGAGCUAUCAAAAGGAAAGGAUGUAAACAUCUACACUGAUUCAGCAUAUGUCCACGGCGUAAUUCACGUGGAAAUGCGACAAUGGUUGAGAGCAGGAUUUGUAACGUCCACAAAUACCCCCAUCAAACAUGAGAAAGAGAUCAAAAGGCUUGCAGAAGCAGUAAUGUUGCCCAACAAGUUAGCUUUACUUAAGUGUAAAGGUCACAACGUAGAAAACAACUACUUGGCGUGGGGUAACAAUGCAGCGGACAAAGCAGCUAAAGAAAAGGCAGGAUAUACACCAUGGUAUCAAAUGCUUGUCUUAAAAUCCGCUGACUUGCUGCCCGCAAUAACAGAUGAGACGCUUAAAGAAGCUCAAGAAGCGGGGUCUCCUCAAGACAAAAAACUAUGGUCAAACCGGGGAGCUACCAACAAAGAGGGGAUAUGGUACUCCCCAGAUGGGAGACCGGUUAUACCCCCAGAGUGGAUAAGAUCCAUGCUUAAAGAAGCACACGGCCCAACGCAUUGUGGUAAAACUCAGAUGAACAGGCACCUGACCCACUGGUGGCACCCAUACCUACCAGACAUGAUAGCAAAUCACCUAGAAGAGUGUGUAAUUUGCUUAACCCAUAACAUCAGAGCCACUGUGAAACCACACCAGGGAAAGUUUCCUUUACCUAAGAUGGCAGGAGAAGAAAUCAUCAUUGACUACACUGACAUGAUUGACAAAGUAAGAGGAUUCAGAUAUUUGUUAGUAGUAGUAGAUGGAUACACAGGUUGGCCAGAAGCUAUCCCUUGCAGAAGAGAAGAUGCAGACUCAGUGAUCAAAUUCCUAGUCACGCAUUACAUUCCAUUACAUGGAUUUCCUAGGAAAGUGAGGUCAGACAAUGGCAGCCAUUUCAAGAACCAUGACCUACGCACAGUAGAAGAGUCCCUAGGACUAAGACACAGUUUUGGAGCAGUUUAUCAUCCACAGUCUCAGGGAAAAGUGGAAAGGAUGAACCAGAACUUAAAACAAAAACUCAGCAAAGCAUGUGAAGAGACGGGCAUGAAAUGGGUAGACGCAUUGCCUCUGGCUCUUAUGUCAAUCAGGAGCUCCAUUAACAAAGGGACAGGUUUCUCUCCAUUUGAGCUCACUUAUGGUCACCAGUUCCCAGGUCCAGGAGCCCUAAGUGUAGGAAAGGAAGUAGAGGUUCUGAGUUCGAAACCAUACUUCCAGCAACUUAAGGGAUUAGUGGCAGAUUUUUCCACCCAGGUUGCAGAGGCAAAAGGGGGACCCGAGAAACACGAAGCGAACACUGCGGAGUUCGUCUGGCUGAAAGCGAUCAGACCCAAGUGGCUGAGACCCAGGUUCUCUGGACCCCAUCGGGUGAUGCAGAGGACAUCUCACGCUGUCCGCUUGGAAGGGAAAGGAGACAUCUGGUACCACUGGAAUCAGUGCGCAGUGGGGAAACCUCCGGGAAGGACCCUAGACGACAUCAUCACGGACGUGGUCCGCGCAGAGGAGGAGGAACCAGAGGACAACACUCCUAUCACCGACCCAGAAGUCGCCAUAAGCGGGCGGGCUGAAGAGGACGUCGAGGAACGGCCCUGAGGGAACGAGGCAGAGCGGGGUGGAUCAACGCUUCCAGAUGGCGUCUGUCUCCUCCACCGGAGGCUGGCGUGUGAAAGCUGUCAUCAUCCUCCUCGUGCUGGGCCUGCUGUACCUGUCCAAGGUAGCCCCGCUGUGUGCAUCUGGACCCGGUGACAACAUUACCUAUUGACGCAGCAACCACUGUGGCCCAGACUCUGAGGGCAAAAUCACACCAACGGGCCAAUCAGUGCCUAGCGACAAAGACAGGUUGUUUCCAAUCACCACACUAACAUUCAGUACAAUGAGAGAGAGCCACAGAGAGAGAAGAAGGAGGAAUGCCCCUCUCUCUGCUCACGAACCACAGAAGGUUUCUUUUGACUGCCCAACUGCAAUAUGUAACUCACCAAACUGUGUUAUUACGUACCCUGUGUUUUUAAGCAAGGGUGGCGACUACACGGUGUGGGAAGCGUAUCCAGGGACGCAGUAUCAGGAGUUCCGGGUCUCGUCAAGGAUGGUAAGAAUAACACUCAACACCAUUGCAAAUAUGCCCCCAGAACUGUGGUGUAGCACGGCAGAACAGUUAAAAUAUGAGUCCCAGUGCACGGCACGGAAGCCAGAUUACAAAGCUCCCAAUUCGGGGGUCACUGGAUGUGCAUUUAUUGAACCAGAGCAUGAAACAGAUUUUUCUAAUUUAGGGGUCGCCGGACACGCCUCUAUUAGAACAUAUAUUGAACCAUAUCAUGAAACAGGUUUUCCGGAAAAAGCCCUAAUAUCCACUCCACCUAAACAAACAGGAGAGGAUGUAGAUUCUUCAAAAAAGGCCUUAAUCGCUCCACUUAAACAAACAGGAGAGAAUGUAGAUUCUUCAAAAAAGGCCUUAAUCGCUCCACCUAAACUAACUAAAACCAAUUCGGCAAUGAGUUUAAUGUUAGACUAUGCACAUGAACGCAAUGUUAGCAACUGUUGGCUGUGCCAAAACAUGCCAGAAUCCGUACAUUCUCCCAUGUUUAGCCCAAUUCCUUUCACGAAAGCUGACUACGGUUUGGUUAGCUGGAAUGACAUAGCAUCCCGCAUUGGAGAUGAGGCCGAGGAUUGUUACACUCCUUCGUAUCCAAUAAACUCUGAGAAACCUCUACAAUACAAGGGUUUAAUCUCGCUCAUUGUUGAGACAGUAAAUAAAGAUUACCUGCCAGAGGGGUUCAAACAGUUGACGGUCCUAAGACUAAUAUAUGUGAAGAAAUAUAUUAACCUAGCUUUUGAAUACAGAUUCCAAUUAGCUCUAGCCCAGACUAAUUGCUCGGUUAACUUUACCAGUCCAAUAUGUACACUGCAACCACACACUCCAUCUUUAUUGGUUGAGGCUUUGGUAACAGUAGUGCCCUGGUUCGGCUCCAGAACAGUGGACUCAGUUGAGGUUAAAAUACAUGACUGUUCGCAGCCAUUACCCUUAGGUAAGUCCCCUACCCGUGACUGUUCUGUCUAUGUUCCCCCAGUUGUAGUACAUGAGUGGAAGAAUGUGUCCAUCUGUUUCCAGAAUGAAAGAGGAUCUCUUACCUCUCCAGAUGUGGGCCACAGCGACUGUAAUACCGUAAUAAAGGUGCAGUUAGCCAGAACGCCCCUCCCGCAGAGGGUUUACUUAGUUUGUGGGGACCGAGCCUAUGGCUGUAUGCCUUAUGACAUUUUCUAUGGCACCUGUUACCUGGCCUAUCUAAUCCCUUUAAUCCGUAAAGUGAAGACUGAUGAGAUUGCAGCUAUACUUCCCUCUCUACAUAGAAACAGCAGGUCGAUUACAGAAGGACAGCGGAUGGCUAGUCUAUUUUUACCAUGGUACGGUAUUUAUGUUUCUCAGCAGGAAAUUGUGGCGUUGUCCAAAGUAGUGGAAAAUCACUUAAAUGCAUCUAACACAGCCAUGUUAGCCGAACAUAAAGAAUUACAGGAGGUUAGGACUGUAGCAUUACAAAAUCGUAUGGCACUGGAUCUUUUAUUAGCCGCCCAGGGGGGCACAUGCAAGGUGAUUGGAUCUGAGUGUUGUUCUUUCAUCUCUGAUGCUACACCUGAGGUCAUGGAUAUGGCUCAUGAUACCGCCAGGGGGAUAAAAGAGUUGCAUGAAACUCAUGGGUUUACCCUUGGGGAUUUAACUGGAACUUUUGGAUCGUGGGGUGCGGGGUUGGUUAAAUUUGCAGUAACCGUUUCAAUGUUUAUCUUAGUUGUGCUAAUUGUGAUAAUCUGCUUGGUCACUGUAGUUAAACUAGCCAUACGAAAGAUGACCAAAACCGCCCUCCAGGCUCCACAGAGACUAGUAGGAUAUUCCACAGUGGAUGACUCCGUGUUGAUGUACGACGCCCAGCUUUCAGAUCCGUGGGGCACAAUCACGGCUUCUGCUCCAUGGGGACCCCCACAAAAUGAAUGACAAGUUGAUUAAAAUUGACACUCAGAAUGUAGAAAAUGUAUAUAGAUUUUACCUUUUCGGGUUUUUACACUACGCAAUAAAUGUCUGAUUCUUCUUUUUCAGAUUUUUAAACAAUGUAUUUGACUAAAAUGAAUGUAUAGAUAAGUGCCUUACUUUUGACUAAAGCGUAGUGAAGUAAUGUUAAAGCUUGAAGACACUGCAAUUUUGCAGAUUACGGAUUAAUCGAAUCACCACUGUGAAUGUUAUACUUUGAACUGUGAAUUUCAACUGGACCUUUACAAUCCAGAUUUUAUACCUCAGGUGGAUUGCUAAUAAUCCUAAAUGUUAAAUGUGUUUUUACUAUAAUUGUCUUGAAGCAAAUCUUUGAGAUGCAAGCUAUUUUUAAAGUUUGUAAUUUGAUGAUUAAGGCGGACUAAAUGAUAAAUGAUAAAAGAGGUUAUUUGGAAACAUAUAUUUUACUAUUUUCUUCUAUAUUUUUUGGUAUGUUUAUUUUUGUGCUAUUGAUGGACGAUUUGUCUAAACACUGAGGAUAUAUUUUGGUAUUUCUACACGGUCAUAUGAAGUUGAUAUGUGGAGCCAUUCCUGAAUGUUUAAAUAGUCUGAAUCCCAGGUUAUAAUGUGAGUGUCUUGAAAUAGUUGAUCUCUUAAAAUGAGACCAAAAGGGGGAUUUGUAGAGUUAUAUUUGUAUUUAUUCAUGUUAGCAAACUAUGGAUAAGCUUAAAAUGGGAAUAAUUUGGGUGGAACUGUGAGCUGGAUGUGGGGCCUGUUGUCAUGUGUUUUUGAGGACAAAGGAAGGUGAGAGCAUGUAUUGAUUUGCAUUCAACUUAGAUCUAGAGAUAAUGGAACUGAGCUACAGUGAUUGGGGAAGUCCAAAAGGGCGGAUCAGAUAAACUAAGAUCUGUGGUAUUUGUGAUCUAAUCAAGGAGGUCCAAAGGGAGGAUCAGAUAACUCCUCCCAUUGUUUAAUAUAAAAACAGAGACACACGCUGUGUUCAGUCUCUUUCCUCUGGCUGGCACACGUGCAGGUAAAUUCGGGAUCCCAAAGGUAAUUUGUAUUAAGUUUGUACUGUAUUGACUGUAUUGCAUUGUAAUAUUACCAUUAAAGUAGAUAUUGUUUA